CGCGCAGCGCUUCGCGACGAGUUCCGGCAGCUGCCCAAGAGCGUCCGCGUGGCGGCGGGAGAGUUGGCAACGCUGGAGUGCGUUCCUCCCAGGGGCCACCCCGAGCCCACAGUCACCUGGUUCAAGGACGGCGUCCAGGUGCAGCCGGGCACGGGGCGCGUACGCCUCCUGACCCAGGGCACGCUCCUCAUCGCCGACGUGCGUCUCUCCGAUGAAGGGCGCUACGUGUGCCGGGCGACCAACAUGCUCGGCACGAGGGACUCGCCACCAGCGCUACUCUCCGUGCACAGUUGA